AUGGGUCUUCUCUCGCUCUCUGCCGUCGUGCUGGCGGUGUCGCCGCCGUCCCUAGGGAAAGCAGGCAGCAGACAGACCCUCCGCUACGGCGUCGCGUCCCCGCGCGCACCCGUCGCGUCCGAGAAGCGCGCCGCCAGCGCGGCCCCGCUCGCCGCCGCAGCCGACCCUGAACGUGCCGUUUUCCGCGCGCCAGAGGACGGCGUGGCCAAGCCACCGACGCCGGGACACCGAAUUCCGGGCAUCCUCUUGAUCAAGAACAUCGGCGCGCUCUACGCGCCCGAGCGCGUCCACGCGCGGCACGUCCUCGUCGUCGGCGACCGCAUCGCCGCCCUCUUCGCAGGCGACGAGGACGCCUGGGCCUGGGAGCAGACCGCGGCCUCCGUCAUCGACGCGGACAACGCCGCCGUCGCGCCCGGCAUCGUGGACGUGCACGUGCACAUCACGGGCGGCGGCGGCGAGGCCGGCCCCGCGAGCAGGACCCCGCAGGCCGAGCUGUCGCGGCUGAUCCGCUCCGGGCACACGACGCUGGUGGGCAUCACUGGCACCGAUGACGUCUCGCGGUCGCUGGAGAACCUGCACGCCAAGUGCCGGGAGCUCAACGAGCUGGGGCUCACGUGCCGGAUGUGGACCGGGUCGUACGCGGUGCCCGUGCAGGAGCGGUUCACGAUGACGGGCAGCGUGCGGCGGGACGUGGCGUUGAUCGACGAGGUGAUCGGCGUGGGCGAGAUCGCGCUGUCGGACCACCGCGGCACGCAGCCGAGCACGCGCGAGAUCGCGGCCGUCGCGGCGGACUCGCGCAUCGGCGGCCUGCUGUCGGGCAAGGGCGGCAUCGUGCACGUGCACAUGGGCCCCGGCGACGAAGGCCUCGACCCGCUCUUCAAGGUCCUCGAGACGACGGACCUCCCGAUCUCGCAGUUCCUGCCCACGCACAUGUCCCGCACGUCCGUCCUGCUCGAGCACGGCCAGAAGUGGAUCAAGAUGGGGGGGUGUAUCGACAUGACCGCGGGCAACGCCACCGUCAAGGCGCUGCAGGCCUACGCCAGCGCAGGGGUCGACCUCUCGCGCGUGUCCAUCUCGACGGACGCCUACGGCUCGCUCCCUCGCUUCGACCCCAGCGGGAAGCUCAUCGGCUACGCUGCGGCGAGGCCGGAGACGAUGCUCGAGACGAUGGCGCGGCUCGUGGAGGCCGGGUGGGACGUGGAGGACGCGCUGGCGCUCGGGACGAGCCGCCCCGCGGCGUUCGUGGGGUUGAAAGGGAAGGGGAGGGUUGCGGUGGGUUACGAUGCGGAUCUGAUGGUGUUCGACGCGGACACGUGGCGGGUGCGGGCGGUGGUGGCGCGCGGGGAGCAGGUGGCGGGGGAGGACUGGGUGCGGGGGGGCAUGUUUGAGACGGGCGACGGCGUGCGGCCGUACGUGCCUGGCGGGCCGGCCCGUUGA